CCCCUGUUCGCGCAUUUUAAAGGUCAUUUAUCUACCAAUAAAUUAAAUUCCAGGGGGGGACAAAAAAUAUAAAAUACAGAAAUGGCGGACAAAGUGAGAAAAUCUGUUGUUCUUUACAAAAAUCUUGGACGUAUAAAUUACAAAGACGGUUUAGCAGCCAUGAAACAACUUACAAAAUUACAUAUGAAGUCGAUGAAGAGUAACUCACAAUCGCCUAAUACCUUAAUAAUUUGUGAACAUUUCCCAGUGUAUACGACCGGUAUUCGGGACAAAAGUGUCAAAGAUGUAGACUAUUUAGAGAAACUAGGUGCGGAGUUUCAAUAUACAGAUCGUGGUGGUCUCAUAACCUUUCAUGGGCCAGGACAAUUGAUGUGUUAUCCUAUCCUAAACUUAACACAGUUUAUACAGAAUGUUCGAUGUUAUAACGAGAUGCUGGAGGAGGUUGGUAUUAGAACAUGCAAAAAAUUUGGUGUGGUUGCAAAGAGGACAAGUAAUCCAGGUGUUUGGGUGGACGAUUGUAAGAUUGCUGCAAUUGGUAAGUAAAUAACCUAGUAAGUAAAGGAAGGUUCAAUAUACUUCGUGCCUAGUUAAAUAUUAUGAAUUGUGUGCUGCGUUUUAACCAUUUUUUACAUUGCAGAUGAAACAUAACUUGAUUACUACAUUUUGAGAAUAUCAAGAAUUCUUGUUGGGGAAGUAUUAGGCUGUGGGUCAUUGUGCGAAAAAGUACCUAGAAAAGCAAUUUUGUGGCACCCCCCUGGGGAAUAGAUUUUCUGUGGUCCAAUCAUCAGUGGGUUCAAUGCAUAUACCAUUCUCGUACCCAGAGCCCUUCUUAUGCACGUUGCGAUGAGGGGCUCUGGCCAAAUCCAUAACCGGAUACCAUAAAAACAUGGUAAGAAAACAGUAUCCGGUGUUAGAACUAGCCAAUCAGAUGCCAGUUCGGAUAUGGAUUUGGCCAGAGCCCCUCGUCGCACCACGCGUAAGCAGGGCUCUGGGUACGAGAAUGUGCAUAUACCAUAGAUGAUCAAUUACCAAAAAAUUGACCUAGUACCAAGUCCUUAUUGUGACAUUUUGGUCCAAUUUUCACAUUUAAAACAGCAAUAACUCAAAGACUAUUUGAAGAAUCAAAAAACUGUUUAAUUAAAAGUCUUAUAUGCAGUUUUUUGUACGUUUUCCGAUGAUGCAAGGCAUUUCUCAUUUUUUUGCUGUUAAGUAAUACAGUUUGACAGAGGAUAACCAUUUUCUUGGUAUUGGACAAGUUUUUUGCUUUAUUGGGAACCUUUUUUGGUAUUAAUGUACCUAAUGCCUUUCAAAUAAACCACAAACCUAGUACUUCCCACAUGCGUGCCACGAAGCGAAAUAAUUUUGGCCAACGGCCGGCCCACUGCCUAUAUAUCGAAUUCUCAAAAAUCUCAUCGUGCAUGCCUCUAAACCUUAAGGAAUAUUCAGUGGUGUUCUAAGCCGGCAAUCAUCCGAUGCCUAUCUGAAUGCUGACCUAUAGGCAAUCAAAGUUUGAGGUUUGAAAUGUCGAAGUUCUGCUUGUAUUUUCACAGUGGCGGAAAUUCACCUAAAUUUCCAACAAAACUUUCAAAUUAUUUUGAUAUAUAUUAUAGUACUUGAACUGUCAUGCAAUAUCCAAUUUCAAUGAAUUUAUAAUUACUUGAAUUACAAAUUAUUUCAUGGAACUUUUACAGUUUAUUUUUUUAAUCAAUUAAAUAAAUUUAAUCAAUUUUAUCAAGUUUAUUAAUUUAAUGCUUCAAUUAUUUCAUGGAACUUUUACAGUUUUGUGAGCCUUUUGUGGCACUUGCCUCUUGAAAAUAAAACAAAAAUCUGGAAUGUCCUGCACGGGACCAAAUGUACGUAACCAAAUGGUAUUUGAUAGUCUGUUUUAUGGUCAUUUUUGGCUUGUCAAUUAAAUUGGUCCCUCAGUUUAACAAUGUAAGACACUGUCUGGCAAUUACUUGGUCAAUACUAGCUGCACUGUCAGAUAUCUUUAGUUAUUGUAAUAUAUCAAAAUUUAAGUUAAGCCUUUCUAAUAUAAAACUGAUUUCAGUGAAAUACAUUGCUGUGGCUUUUCUAGUUUUUUUCUUAUGUUACUUCCAUUAUAUGAAACAGCACAACUAUUUGUGGGGCACCUGAUCAAUUACUAGUGACGAAGAAAAAUAUUUUCCGAGAAAAUUCUGUGGUUCGAUAUCAACACCUUGGGGAUAAUUUUGUCACUAUUGUCAGCAAAUUUGUUAUAUUUAUUUGUAAAUAUCUAAUAAAUGCCAUGAUAAAAUUACCGGGCAUUGGACAAUAAAAUAUCUAAAACAGGUCCAUUGUAGUUGAAUGUGUUAACAGGAGGCAGGAUAUAGUUUGGUUAACCCCCCAAGUUAAGUAAUUACUGUAACGAUUAUUUAUCUAAUUUAUAGAAUUAAUCUCCAUUAUUUUAGGUUUCCAUGUGAGCCGUUGGAUAACCUCUCAUGGUUUAGCUUUGAACUGUAAUGUUGAUCUUGGUUGGUUUGACCAUAUUGUGCCAUGUGGUUUAGUUGGGAAAGGUGCAACAUCACUCUCAGUAGAAACCUGGAAGAACAUCAAUGUUGAAAAGACGACAGCUCCUUUCAUUGAAUCAUUUCAGGAAGUGUUUAAUUGUGAACUAACACAAGUUGAUUCAAAUAGUGAAACGGGAAUGAAAAAUAGUAACUAAUUUGUAAAAGAUAUGGUCAAUCAACUGAAUCAAGAUAUGGAAACUUGGCUAAAGUUUUUGUUCUAUCUGUCUGUUCAUGUCAUACAAACUUGUACAUGAUAUAGACAAUAUAUUUUUGGCACAAAUUAUGAAGCAAUCAUCCAAUGGCAUCAUCCCAUUGGAUCACUCAACUGUACUGUUGAAUUAUUAUUAACACAAUUUGAAAAGAGUUGUGCAUGAUGAAGCCGGUGGUGGACACUUUGUGAAAUUGGGGGGGAGGGGGGGAUGAACACAUUUGGUUACUGUUACUGGUUCCCAAUGAACACAUAUCACCACAUUUUGUUUCUGGAAAUCUUGGUUUGGAAAACUUUUGUGCCUUAAAUUUUCUAUCGUUCACAGGCUUUCAGAAAUUAUUGAGGGGAGGGGGGUUCCACCUAGUGUCCACCAAUGGUGAAGUCAACUCAACAUAAAACCUUAGCUCAUUAUAGAUCCUUUGAAGUAGAAAGUUCUUUCGCUGGAUCAAAAUAUUUUCUAGGGAGAUGCGUAAAUUGUAAACGUUGCUCAUAUCUGGCGAUCCAGGUAUAGUUGGCUGUUACGUUCGACUCCAAGCACCAAGACUGUUCAACUAAGCAGUCCAUUUCAAGCAUCUAAUAAAAAGAAAUCACAAGGGGGUGAAUGUAUUAUAAUACCAUACUUUCCUGCUC